AUGAAUAGAGAGGAAAUUGAAGCCAUUUUAGAAAAUUCUGAUUUGGAUGAUGAAAUACCAAACGAUAGCGUCAGCGAGGAUGAAGAAGAUGAGAUUUCCGAAGUUGGAUCCGUUUAUGACCCGAAUUUAUCUGAAGGCACAGAUGAAGAAGAGGAAGUUUCUGCCCGUCAGCAAGACGUUUCAGGAGUUUUUCCAUCAAAAAAUGGUAAAUAUAUGUGGUCUAAUAAACCAGUUUUAAGCGGAGCUGGCAGACGUGCUAAAGAAAACGUUAUUAACACCGCGCCCGGUACUACACGAUACGCUAUUGCUAGGACCGAUGAUAUAAAAUCAUCAUUUCUCUUAUUCAUGCCGCCCGACAUUGUGAAGAUAGUUAUUGAAAUGACUAAUAUAGAAGGUCAAUCCGUGUUUGGUCAUAAUUGGGUCGAAGUAGAUAGCAUUACUUUGGAAGCAUAUUUUGGGCUUUUGCUCUUAGCUGGUGUAUUUCGAUCACAUGGCGAAGCACUCGAAUGUUUGUGGGAUGAUCGUAAAGGCCGUCCGAUUUUCAAAUCGACAAUGAGUCUGCGCAGAUUUCAAAAUAUCUCCCGAGUUCUGAGGUUCGACAAUAAAUCUGACCGAAAUGAGAGGCGAUCUCGCGAUAAGUUGGCUCCAAUCAGAGAUGUUUGGAAUCACUGGGAAGGUAAUAUAAAAAAAAUGUACAAUCCUGGAGAAUGCACAACAGUCGAUGAACAAUUGGUCACGUUUCGCGGACGUUGCCCUUUCAAGCAAUAUAUUCCAUCGAAACCUGGAAAAUACGGUAUUAAAAUCUGGGUACUGUGCGACAGCCAAACUAGUUUUGCAUGGUCGUUGCAGGUAUAUACAGGCAAAGAUCGAAACUGUAAACCUGAAAAAGAACAAGGACGUCGUGUUGUACUCGAUCUGGUAAAAGAUAUGCAAGGUCGCAACGUCACAUGCGACAAUUUUUUUACAUCUCACGAGUUGGGGAUUGAACUAUUGAAACGUAAAAUAACCCUAGUUGGUACGGUCCGAAAGAACAAAACGUUCUUGCCUGCAGAAAUUACAAAGUUGAAAAAGAAACCGGAAAAUUACGCACACUUCUUUUUUGAUAACAUCAACAAAACCACAAUCGUUGGGUAUGUGCCUAAAAAGAAUCGAGCAGUAUAUUUACUCAGUACACUUCACAAUAAUGUUGAAAUCAAUGCCAACACAAAAAAGCCUGAAAUCAUAGACUUUUACAAUAAAACUAAGUCAGGGGUUGAUACACUAGACCAAGGAAAUAAACCCUGA